UAUUUCAUUCUCUCUCUUCCAAAAAGCUGCUACUUCACUUCCCACCAUCUUUCUCAGAGUAAUUGUAAUUUAGCCCAUUUCACGAGGGCAUUUCUGUCCUCUUCUCACGUCAUCUCUUUCGACAGCAAUACCCCGUCCUACUCCUAUCCCCUUACGACAAAAUUCACGGAGUGGCUUUUCUGUAAUUUCUCCCUCCUUUCCUGCCCCCCUUUUCUUUUCUCUUUAUUCUUCCUCCAUUCCUUUUCAUUAUACGGACUACUCCUCUUGUGCUUACUUCACUCUCUCUUUCACUCUCAACAUCUCAAUCUAACUUUCAACCUCACCGGAAAACCACUUUUCUCGCCGUUAAACCGCCUUUUAACCCUAAUUUCCCGGUAAUGGAGGUCAUUGUGUUUGAUUACGAGCUUAAAGCUAGUGGUAUAGUGUAGACUAGUUUCUCACCUUUUUGUUUCUUAAUUACUCUCAUACUUUCACUCUUUCUUCUUAGACACUUCACUCUCUCAAGUCUCUUAAGAGAGAGAGAGAGUGUGCUCUUGUUGUGGUUGUGGUUGUUUGAGGGGGUGUCAAUUUCUCUCUCCUACGUGUCUAAAUCUCCAUCGUAGGAUGGAUAUGAGAAGCAUGAUCGUUGAAAACUUGGAUCCAUUGAGGAAAAGGUGUGGGGGAUUGAGAACUAAACAAGCGGGGAGAGGCUCGUGCCGCGGAAGUUAGGGUUCGUCUCAUCGAAAAAAUUAAUUAUAAAAAAAAUGUAUUACGAUCUCUAUUCAUUUCUUUUUCUCUUGUUCGAUUUCUCCCAGUAACAAAUCUACGGUACUACGUUUUGUUUUUUGUUUCUGGAAAAAAGAGGUUAUUAUUGGUGUUAAAACGCAUCGUUUUGUUGAGAUAAUUGGUGACCGAAAACGAUGGGUUACUUGUUGAAAGAAGCACUUAAGGCUUUAUGUGGCGUUAAUGAGUGGUCCUAUGCUGUUUUCUGGAAAAUCGGUUGUCAAAAUCCUAAGCUACUGAUUUGGGAAGAGAGCUAUUAUGGAUCAUCUCCCAGUGUGCCCUCCAACCCAAGUAUGGGUAACCAGGAAAUAAAUUUGCAGAAACUGGAAGGCUUUAAUAACGACACACAACUGGGUGACAAAGUUCAUUUGCUUAUGGAUAGGAUGAUGAUGUCUAACCAUGUUAAUGUGGUGGGAGAAGGAUUGGUUGGCCGGGCUGCGUUUACAGGGAAUCAUCAAUGGAUUGUCUCUGGAAUGUAUAAUGAAAUUGCUCGCCCAGCUGAGGUUCUUAAUGAGGUUCAUCUCCAAUUUUCUGCUGGCAUGAAAACAAUCGCUGUCAUUCCGGUGAUUCCACAUGGAGUAGUUCAGCUUGGUUCAUCAUUAACUAUAAUGGAGAAUGUUGGAUUUGUGCAUGAUGUGAGGAGUUUUCUUCUUCAAUUGGGAUGUAUUCCUAGUGCAUUUAUCUCUGAUAACUAUUUUGCAAAAGAUGCUGCAUCCAUGUUGGGGCUGCCAGUUGCUGAUGCAAUAGCUAACCCCAUCAAUCUACACAGACAACCAACACAGAUAAACUCUCAUGAUAUAGCUGCAGGAGGUUUCAAUUUGCAGAGAAACUCAUCUGAGAUUCAUGGGCUUGUCAAUCAAUCGUCCAAUUGUCUUCUUACUCAGUUUCAAGAUAACCUGCAAGUUAGUGGUUCAAUAUUUACGAUGCCUAACCCGAUUCAAGAUUCAUGCAAGGCCAAAGGAGUUCAUGAUGCCUCAAUGGUUACUCCUAUUGUUCAUUCCAAUGUCCUUCCUGUAUCAAACAGAAGCAAACAAGGAGUGGUAAUGCCUUUGAAAUCUGAUUUAGCGAUGAACCAGUCUUCUUCCAAUAACCCAGGGUUAGGGAUCAGUUGUCCUCAGUCAACUGUCAGUUGUUGGCAUCCCUCAUCGUCAAAGCAGCUGGUUGUCUCACAUGAAGGUUCAGUAAAAGGGAAAUAUAAAACUUCAACAUCUGUGUUUAUCCCUAAUGAACGCCAUCAUGCGGCUUUAAAUCAGAGUGAUGCCCCUUUGUCAGCAUCAAACAAAUUGGAUAUUGAUAUUGAUGGUGGCCAUUCGUUUCAAACAUCACCUUGUGCCAAUAUGGUUGUUCAGGACACUGAUUCUUCUAUCAAGGAUGUGGCUAAUUUGUUAAAGUCCGAAAAUACGAGUACUCCUAGUAAGUUAAUAGGUGUUCUUAAUCAUGGAAAUUACACCAAAGAUAGUGCGCUUAGAGCUACGUAUAACCAUGGGAAACUGAGUGAUUGUUGUGAAGUCCUGGAAACUCAUCCUAGAAAAGUGCAUCAAUCUGGUGGUUUUACUCAUGAUAAUAUUUGUAUUGGAAAUUUUGUACAACCAUCAGUUAACUCUGUGCUUGAGGAUAUUUUUCUUCAGUCAUCAGCAGGAGAUGACUUAUUUGAUGUACUAGGAGUGGAUUUAAAGAACAAAUUGUUGAAUGGUAACACUAUUAAUCUUCCUAACAGCUCCUGUGCAAUUUCAGAAAAUCAAACUAAGGAUUUGCCAAAAUCUGUAAACCAGCAAAGUUUGGGUUCUGAGGUGUAUUCAGAUUAUGAAGGAAUCUCUGAAAGUGUCGUUUUCUCUUCAUCUGGUUCAGAUCACCUUUUGGAUGCUGUGAUAUCUGGUGCUGGCUCUGUUACCAAGCAGAUCUCAGAUGAUGAUGCUUCCUGCAAGACUACUGUAUCGAAGAUCAGUAGUUCCUCUGUUCCUAGUACUCCUCACAACAAUUCUAACCUAUCUGGACUGUUUAAUAUAUCUGAUAGGAUGCAGGGCCAGCUAUUUGGGCUUACUAAGCCUGUAAGUAGAAUAGUUGAACCAGUAGGCAAUUCUGUAAGGUCUGCAAGUGGUAAGAAUGAUGAUGGAAGCUGUACAUAUGGAUCACAAAUUAGCUCCUGGAUUGAACAAGGGCCUAGUACUAGUGUUUCUACUGCAAAUUCAAAGAAGUCUGAUGGAGGAAAAUCAAAUCAAAAAAGACUUAAACCUGGGGAGAAUCCUAGACCAAGGCCUAAGGAUCGGCAGAUGAUCCAAGAUCGUGUGAAGGAACUCCGUGAGAUAGUGCCAAAUGGGGCUAAGUGUAGUAUAGAUGCAUUGCUGGAACGUACCAUUAAGCACAUGCUUUUCCUGCAGAGUGUCACUAAGCAUGCUGACAAACUAAAACAAACAGUGGAGUCCAAGAUUGCUAAAAAGGAAGGUGGAAUGCCUUUAAAGGAUGAAUUUCAAAGCAGUGCAACCUGGGCCUUUGAGCUUGGUUCCCAAUCUCUGGUUUGCCCAAUAGUGGUUGAAGAUUUAAAUCUGCCUCGACAAUUGCUUAUAGAGAUGCUUUGUGAAGAACGGGGUUUUUUCUUGGAGAUAGCCGAUAUUAUUAGAGGACUGGGGCUGACCAUUUUAAAGGGUAUAAUGGAGGCUCGUAAUGAUAAGAUAUGGGCACGCUUUGCUGUUGAGGCAAACAGGGAUGUCACGAGGAUGGAAGUAUUUAUCUCACUAGUCCAUUUACUGGAACAAACUCUGAAAGGCAGCGCAAGUUCAGUUCAUGGCACUAUUGAUGAUAAUAUGGCAGUUCUUCCUGUGUCCAUUCCCGCUCCGAUAGUUUGCGGUGAGCCAUCUAUGUAGUCUUUUGAAAGUGAAUAUGUUGCGGAGCCAUGUAUGAAGUAGUCAUUUGAGGGGGAUGUUGCGGUGAGCCAUCUAUAUGAAGUAGUCUUUUGAGAAUGGAUAUGUUGAGAGCAAGAUGUCUAACUUGCUAUGACCGACAAAUCCAAUGUCCUUGCGUGGGAGGAGUAGAAAGUACAUAUGGAGGAUUUUAAUUUGGGUUGUGUAGGUAGUAGUCGUUGACCUCUGAAUAUGUAUGACAUCUCUAUAUAGGGUAUUUCCUAUGGACAUUGGCUUCCUUGGUAUUCUUGGUGUUUCUAAUUUGGGUUUAAGUAGGUAUAGAUAUAGAUGUGAAGGGAGAGAUUAACUAUUUGGAGGUAUAUUAUAAGGGGUAAAGUGCGAUAAUUGUAUAGAAUUACACAGAAGGUUGGGUUGGAAAGGGGGUUUUAUAAACUAAGGUUUGAAGAUUAGUGUGUUUAUUAAGUUGGCUUCAACCAUGUGUACUUGGAUAGUCAUCUGAAAUUCCAGUAAAUUUUAUGUAUGAUCUUGUAGAGAUCUAUUGUCCAAAUGCAAUUCGGAAGAAUAUGUGUUUUUGGUUUUUCUAAGGCAAGGAAUUUUCAUAUGUUUUCGUCUUUUUAUUGUAUGUAUGAUCAAUUAAGAAAAUUAAUACAUGUGGAUCUAAGAGCUGCUUAUAAAGUUAAA